AUGUACUGGAAGAUGGAGGCAGUCGCUGCAGUGGAGACCGUCAUUGCGUGUCUGCGCUCUCUUUCUGACCACCCAUACAUAUCUGCAAUACUUACCUGCGGCCUCGUGUUACUCCUCACAAGGCUCCGCAGUACCUACGCCUUCCAUUACACAGCAAAAAAUGCUCGUCAUAAUGACGAACCCCCCAUAGCUCCAUAUUGGAUCCCGGGCCUCUACCAUGCCCCUAGCAUGAUCCUCAACGGGCCUGCCCAGUUCUUCACAAGCAUACUACUCCAAUACGGCGACCGCCUGCCUCUCCUCACUAGAGUUGGCGCCCUAAACUUCCUCCUUAUCUCCUCCCCCGAACACGUGAAGCGCGUCUUCCGGUCCUUAGACAUGGAUAUGACGUUCCUGAAAGUGCAGAUCUUCAAGAAGGUAUUCAGGAGCCCGAAGAAGGCGCUCGACUUCUAUAAGGCCGACCAGGACCAGUUCGAAGUAGAACGGCGCAUCACUUACGCGCAUGAGACACUGCCGCGGAAGCUGCUUUCCGGGCCCAGUCUAACAGCCAUGACGGAGAAAUACUUUCUCACGCUCAGGAAGAAUCUCGCCGCAUGUGGGUGUGAUAGGGAAGAGGGGAUGGAGAUUCCGGAUUUGUAUGCCUUCUUCAAAGAUGUUAUUAUGGAGAGUACCAUCGAGACGGUAAUGGGUUCCGCGCUCCUGGAGAUGUACCCAGCUGUCGUAGAGGACUUCUAUCUCUUCGAUGAGAAGCUAGAGGACUUCAACGCAGGGACGCCGAGGUUCAUGAUGCCCCUCGCGUACGAUGCGCGGGAUCGCUUGCUGGUGAAGUUGAAGGAGUGGGAUCUCGCGUCGAUAGACGAGAAGGAGGGCUUGGACGAAGACGUGGAGUGGAAUAAGUGGGGAUCCAAAUUCAUCCGGGCUCGUAGGGCUGCUUUUCGCAGCAUGCCGGCACUGGACGCCAAUGCUAGGGCGAGCGAGAACUUGGGGAUUCUGGAAGCCGCAAGCACGAACAUACUCCCGUCAGUCUUCUGGUUCAUCAUCGAGGCCCUCAGGAACCCCGACCUUCGCUCUAGACUCAAAUCUGAAAUCGAGGAAUGCACCACGGACCAAAGCGAACGUGUAGACGUCGUGAAGCUGGGCGCUAGACCGCUCCUUCAGUCCAUGCACGCCGAAACUGCGCGGCGCUACCUCGCCAUCGUCACAGCCCGCACCGUAACGACGCCCAACUUCACCCUCGAAUUCAAGUAUGGCGUUCGCAAGGGCACUACCGUCAUGAUUUUCUCGAACCCACUAGCCAUGAACACCUCCGAAUGGGCUGCGGCCCGGCCGUCGACCGUCCGUAAGCCGCUGGAGGAGUUCUGGGCUGAGCGGUUCUUGACGGACGAGGGGAACUUCAGUGUGGAAGGGAUUGCGGGAUGCUGGGUCCCUUUCGGCGGAGGGAAGCACAUGUGUCCUGGGCGGCAUUUCGCGAAGAAUGUGGCGGUUGCAACGGCGGCAGUGUUGCUUGGCGAGUACGAGUGCGAGUUCAUGGAGCCUGAGAAGGUUGGUGAUGCGGUCCCGAAGUUUAAGGGCGCGUAUGCGGUGCUGAGGCCGAAGGAGAAAAUCAGAUUGAAAUUGAGGAAGGCGGAUGGGAAACCUGGAUGA